CAUCCAAUCACAACAUCGCAAAGUUCAGCUGCGGAAGAGAGAUGAGAAGGAGAUGGCUGAACUUAGAUAGCCCUGUAUUUGGGAAUAUCUUCACCAUGGAUCUUCUCCGUAUGAAAGAGGGAUGCGGAGUACGACUGCUUGUCCUUGCAGUAGUGUUUGGGUGGUGUUUAGGGUCUGUGAGCUGUUUCGGACAGAACCUAGACAGCGAGUUCACGUUUCUGCUACAAGCCGGAAGAUCCGAGUGUUUCUUUCAAACAGCAAUAAAGAAUGGUACGAUGGAGGUCGAAUAUCAGGUGAUAGCAGGUGCUGGUAUGGAUGUAGACUUCACCAUCAUCUCUCCAGAAGGCAUCCACCUCAUCUUUGAGUCUCGGCGCUCUGACGGAGUCCACGUGGUGGAGCCUACGGUGGAGGGAGACUAUGAAAUCUGCUUUGACAACAGCUUCAGUCGCUUCUCAGAGAAGAUGGUGUUCUUCGAGAUCAUCAUCGAGGGUCAAGGAGGAGAUGUGGGUGGAGAUGAAGAGUGGAUGGGAGUAGAGGAGCCCGAUGGAAGCCUCCUGGAGUACAAGCUGGAGGACAUCCGGGAGUCCAUGGACUCUCUGCACAGACGCUUGGAGCGCAGCCGGCAGAUGCAGACGGUGUUGCGGGCUUUUGAGGCACGGGAUCGAAACCUUCUGGAAGACAACCUGUGGAGGGUCUCAUUCUGGUCCUGUGCCUGUGUACUGGUGAUGCUGUGUGUGGCACUUACCCAGGUUUACACUGUCCGUAAACUGUUCGAUGAUAAGCGGAGGGUCUGCACAUAGACGGAUUAUUUUGCAGGAGAACAAUCCAAUACAAGAUGUUUGGCUGGUUACCCAUUCAGACUAUGCUCCACUAUGUUCCAUUUAGUCUCCAUGAAUACCAGCAUUCAACAUCAGUGUUAGUGGAUCUUUUUUACUUUGAAAAUGUUGUUUUAGAUCGGUUUGUGAGCAAUAAUUAAAUAUGAUUAGAUCAUGAAGGGUAGCCAGGUGAGGAAAUUCAAGUUGGUUAUUUCUAUUUAUUUGUUUAAAAGAACACGCCGACUUAUUGGGACUUUAGCUUAUUCACCGUAACCCCCAGAGUUAGAUAAGUCCAUACAUACCCUUCUCAUCUCCAUGCGUGUUGAUAGAACUGUAACUCUGUCCGACGGCUCCACCGGUAGCACGGAUCCUGAAGGUAAUCGGUUCCAACUAGCCUACUGCUCCGAAUAAAUGACAAAAUAACGCCAACAUGUUCCUAUUUACAUGUUGUGAUUUGUAUAGUUACAGAAUAUACAAAUAACAAGGUCACAUGAGACACAGCCAUCUUCUAACCAUAUAUAAACUGGGAACUAUAUUCUCAGAUAGGCGAAGCACUGCUACUUCUGCUACUUGGGCAAGAGAGUAGCAGUGCUUCAAUAAGUCGGCGUGUUCCUUUAAUGCCUUUUCAAAUCAUACCACAAACCAAUGAGGAAAUACAUUUUGAAAGGCACUGCCUACAUAGACAGAACAAUAAAUGUAGUAUAACUGCUGUCCUAUGUUUCUGAAACUGGUGAGUGGUUUUAGGAUUUUUUCUUGAAAGGUGAAAUUAUUCCUACUAAAGGUAAGAGGUCAGUAAUGUGACACAACUCAAAAACUGAUCCACAGAGCUCCUAUUCAGCUGGUUUAGAAGGGAUGACGAUGUGCAAUAGUGUUGUUGGCGUAUUUGUUCUUCCUACGGUUUAAGGUCUUUCCAUUAUAUUAGUGAUCUGUCCAUCUGACCAGGUGUUUCCUUGGUUACAAUCGUGUUGAUGGUUAGUUCUUUUGAGAUGUUACUGAUUUUUCUUUUCACGUGCCAGUUCAAGUCUAUGCUGACGUGUUGACAAAUAAGAAUGUAGAAUAAGAAAGAGGGUUGAUUUGCAGUGAUUGCCAGUAAUGUACUGUAAUGUGUCAAUACUCUUCCAGUUUGUAGCAUAUGUGUAUGUCAGUUCAUUUAUCAGGAUAAUUCAGUGUAAACAUACUGAUUGUUUGAUGUGUGUUGUGUGUCACUGGCUUCUGUUCGAUCUUCUAGAUGAUCAAACUUGUUUGUUUUUUUCCAGAUGUAUGUUUGACAUUUUGAUUCUGAUCAGACAGCCACUGAGUGUUUUUUUUCUUUUUCAUAAGAACAGGCUUUCAUUACAUAUUCAAUAGAAUAUGUAAAAAUCAGGUUUACAUGAGAUUCAUUAUUAUUAAAUGCAUUUUUUACACAGGUUA